CGAGGCGCUCUGCCUCUGGGCAGGCUUGACAGUGAAGGCAGGAAUGGCGGAACAGCGGCUAUGAUUACUAGAGGAAGGAGCCCCAAGACCCUGAAACUUUACUUCUAACGGCCCAGCAGAGAGGUCUGUCUCGGGCAAGAAUCAGAAACACCAUCCUGUCGCAGAUCCAGGGAACAAGAAGUCUUGUACCGUGAGAUCAACACGGCUGAUGUCCAGAUCGAGGAGGUGGACGCACUUUGCUAGUUUAGCCUGCUGUUCGUGCUGCUGACUUUGAUUCAAGGUAGCCGUAUUAGCGGUUGGCCACUUGAUCUUGGCUACCCAACAAGUUAACUAACUGUGUGAAAGCUACCCUCGGUUGGGCAACCUUGCUGGGGUCGGCGUUGUUUACCAGGAUACAGUAUUAGGGACGUUCACUGUGAACUAGGAGUACAGUUUUACUGCUAACCACACCGUUAGCCGAGUUGGGAUCCUGAAGUCUCAUCCGCGUUCGGAUCCUGCCCCAGCCAUUGGCUAAGGGGGCUAAUCAACGGCCAGCUAGUCCGCUUUCCAGCUUCACUCGGUACGACGAUGGAAAGCCUCACGCUGAGUGAUAUCGAGCAGAAAUACUACUCGGAGCUGUUCGUCUACUGCGACACGGACAACACCAAAAAAGUGGCUUCUAACGGGCGAGUUCUUGACCUUUUCCGGGCGGCCCAGCUACCCAGUGAAGUUGUCCUGCAGAUCACAGAGUUAUGUGGAGCCACUCGGCUGGGUCACUUCGGACGGAGUCAGUUCUACAUCGCUUUGAAGCUCAUCGCCAUCGCUCAGUCUGGGCUACCCCUGAGGGUGGAAAGCCUCAAUUCGGUCAAAGAUCUGCCGCUGCCCAGGUUCGUGGUGGGGAAAAACGAGGCUGAAGCGAGGCACGCAGCCCUGUACCAGGACUCAGACAGCCAGAGUGUAUACACGGCCCCUGGAACUGCUUUAAUACCCAGACCACCUGGCAGGGGUCACCCGAACAAGAAAGGCCCCCCCUCCUCUUCUUCACUUCCUGUCCACGAGGUCAUCCAGCCUCUGGCACCCAGCAUAGAAACUCAGCCUGAACCGACGUCCCCGGUCAUCUCGCCCCACCAGUCUCCCCCCACCUCCCCCCACUCUUGGAGGAAGCACAAACGGCAACACAGUGGAGGGAACGCAGACAGGCAACAAGUGGUGGCUGCAACCGGAGCUGUGUGGACGCAGUUCAGAGAACCACAAACAGGGCCUGUGACCGGUGAUGGCAUGUGGUCGUCCCACUCGCCCCCUCCUCCUCCAAGCCAGGAAAGCUGGGUCAGUUUUACAGCAGACACCCCGCCCUCCAGCACGCUCCCAGCAAUGCACCCCUCAUCAGUCCAGGAAAGCACAACGAUACGAACCGUGGCCUCAGCCGCGACGACCAAUGAGAUCCAGCGACAGUCGAGCAGCUACGAUGAUCCCUGGAAAAUCACAGACGAGCAGAGACAGUAUUACAUAAACCAGUUCAAAACCAUUCAGCCUGACCUCACUGGCUUAAUACCUGGUUCAGCCGCAAAAGAGUUCUUCACUAAAUCAAAGCUACCAAUUUUAGAGUUGUCACAUAUUUGGGAGCUGUCGGACUUUGAUAAAGAUGGAGCGCUGACCCUGGACGAGUUUUGCGCCGCCUUUCACCUGGUUGUGGCCAGAAAAAAUGGCUACGACCUCCCCGAGAAGCUGCCAGAGAGCCUCAUGCCGAAGCUGAUUGACCUGGAUGAUUCAGCAGAGGUUCCUGAGUCAGUGGCUGAAGUCGGAUACUCAGCUUCACCUGUGGAGGUCACCCCCAACAAAUCUCCCUCCAUGCCUUCUCUCAACCAAGCGUGGCCAGAGAUGAACCAGAGCAGCGAGCAGUGGGAGACGUUUAGCGAACGCUCCUCCAGCUCACAAACUCUGACCCAAUUUGACUCUAACAUUGCACCAGCUGACCCUGACACAGCCAUCGUCCACCCAGUCCCCAUCCGGAUGACUCCCAGUAAGAUUCACAUGCAGGAGAUGGAGCUGAAGAGGACUGGCAGCGAUCACAAUCAUCCUACUAGUCCUCUACUGGCAAAACCCCCAGAAAUGUCUGAAGAAACCAAGCUGCCUCCUUCCAUGAUGUUUGUAGCAGCAAACACUGUUGGUGAUGGUUACAGCAGUUCUGACUCCUCCACAUCAGACCAGGAGCCAAUCACCAGGCAAAGAUCUCAGUCGGGUGCAUCUCCAGAGGCUCUGAAGGUUGUAGCCCCACCUCCCCCUCCUCCCCGCCCCCAACAGUCCCACUCUCGCUCUUCGUCUUUGGACAUGAAUCGCACCUUCGCUGCCACAUCUGCGCCAGGACAACCCCAACCCUCUACGACAGCUUUUCCUCCUGCAGUGCCUCCUCGACCGCUACCCACACAGACAUCGGUACCGCUCACUGGGCAUCGUGUAGAUUCAGAGGGUGUUCCUGCAGGCGGCGCUGUGCUCACCACCACCUCCCCGCAGCAGAUUCCUCAGCAGCCCAACUUCGCAGAUUUCAGCCAGUUUCAGGCCUUCGCUGCCUCUGAGCAGCCGUCCAGCCUACCAGAAAUCGAUAAACACAGCGAGGCAGGACAGGUGGAGAAGAUGUCGGAGGGAGCUGGUCCUUUAAGAACAGUAAAAAGUGAUGGCCCAGCUGAUGAGAGAACAUCAGCUAUAGUCAACUCUGCCAAGGGCUCAUCGGGCCCUCUGGCUCCUCCACCAAAGCCCGUUCGUCGGAGGUUGAAGUCCGAAGACGAACUUCGACCAGAAGACGAGCAGCUCGGACCGCAGAAAGCCUGCGCCAUAGCUGCCCCCCUAACUGCUCAGCCUUCCAUCCCCAGAUCGGUUGGAAAGGACAAAAAGGCAAUUCAAGCGUCCAUCAGAAGAAACAAAGAGACAAACACAGUGUUGGCACGGCUCAACAGUGAACUACAGCAGCAACUGAAGGACCUGCUUGAGGAGAGGAUAUCUUUGGAAGUCCAGCUGGAACAGCUCCGACCUUUCUCCCACCUUUAACCAAACACAUGGUGCAGAACUCGACUGUAACUCGUGCGAGGAACUCCAUGGCAGUCAUCGCGACUCUCCUUUCCUCCGCUUCAUCUCUCUUCCAUCAUCAUUUCUCUGGUGGGGCCGGGGAUGGCACCGGGUGUUCCGUUAAAUGAAACUCUCGCACUCGGCCGCACAGUGGACGGGCCUGACAGCUCAGUCUUACCAACAAACAGAGGAGAGUAGCGGAUAUCACCAUCUGGCACUUUUCAGAUAAUGACGGACAGCAGAGCGUCCAACUUUAGGUCCAUUGUGAAGACGGAACACAUGGGGUCUGAGUGCUUUAGACUCUAAGUGACUGAAGAAGGACGGCAGAGUGUAAUCAUUGUGUUGGUGUGACUGGUUCUGUUCUUGUUUCUGUUUAAGUGGUUUAGUUAGGGGCUCGCUGCAGUAUGUCUGGCUCUGCCACACCAAAUCUCUUUUUGCAAAUUGGGUUAAUUUAAUGUAACUGUUCAGAGAAACCAGUUUUUUUUUUUUUUUUACUUUUUGAUGAGAACCGUUGAGAAAAAAAUCUGUCUCUGGUGCACAAAGUACAGAAAUAGUUUAUGGGAUUAAAUCAAAGUAAUGAGCUACUCAGUCAAAUCUUAUUCUGAUCCGUUUUUAUUCCAAAGAGAAAUACAUGAUGAAACUUGAUGAAAAACGUAAUUAAUUUGUUAGGAACUGUCCUUUUGAAUUGUCUUCCUGCUACAUCAAUUCUAAACGUAACAGCAAACAGCUGCGGUUUCGUGGAAAGGUUAGAAGCAGUUGAUAUCUGGUCAUCAGUAGGUAGCUCUCUUGUUGUCUUCAUUUAGUUUGAAUCCAGAUUAACUUCUUCUGGUACCUGAAGCUAUUGACCAGUCUGAACCAAAGUGGACUAAAACUGUCCAAAAGCAACUCCAUUCUAAAAAAAAAUCGUGUAUUAUGCAUUUGCUAGUUUAUUCCCUUAUAGCCAUUGUCAGGUUUACAUUGGGCGGUUAUUUACAGAGACGCCUGUGUUGAUUUGCAGAGAAAAUGGAGGUUGGUGUGACACCUGUAAUCUUCCAAAGUGAAACACACUGAAAACGCAACAUGUAAAGCAUUCCCGGUCACACCAACUGUCUGAUGUUAAGGUAAGGCUCCACUAAAGAGCUAAUUAUUAUGGCAGUUUAAGUUAAUGCAGCUUUAAAAGAUAUUUAACUGUUCUAUGAGGUAAUUAUUGGGCCAGAAAUGCUUAACGUGUUCUUUUCUUGAGGUGUGUUUCAAACAGCAAAAUAAAGGAAAAUUUGUGUCGGACUGCCUCCAACCUCCAUUCCCUACGUAAAUAAUCAUUGGUCAUAAAAUACUGUUUGCAUAUAAUGUUUUGGAUGAAUGGAGAUGUUUUAAGACAGCAGAAAUCCACCCCUAUAGUACUAGCCAUUGGCUUCAGUUCCAGCUAAUCUAGACUUGUACUAAAUAAAGACGCCAGGAGUGAUCUAUAAAAGGUAAGAUAUAAAAUACUUUUUUUUACUUUUUUAUUUGAACUCCCCAAAAAAGUUUCUCAACUAUCCUUUUAUACACACCUGCUGUAGUUUUAGGCAGAAUUAAAGGGCAAAACUUGCAAUUAUUCACAAAAAUAAAGAGAACUGUCCUUUUUAAAAUAUCUUCCAGCGACAAUAAAGACUGUAAAUUGGACUUUGGGUAGUUUCUCUUAUUGCUUCGUUUCAUUAAAUUGGCAAGUGGACAUGACCAGCUUUCUGUGUGUGUUAAGAACCCAAUAAAAGCCGGUUUCCACAGAGGAAAGAGUAGAUCAGAACAUGCUGCGCGAGUGUUUGUAUGAAGAGCUUCGUUGACUCAUCUUCUGAUAUGAAUUCAGUUUUUCCUGCUACUGCCCGUUCAACUCUACAUAUAUAGAUCUGUGUGUGUGAAAGUGCUGUCUUGGUUUUUCCUUAAUGUUAUGAGGGUUGAUGUGACUGAAUGGUUUGACUCUAAAAGACUAAACUGUCGCUCCUUCACUUCUACUUGAGCUGCAUUCAACGAUGAAAAGCAGCCUUUUUUCUCUUCCCACAGUUUUUUUUUUUUUUUUUCCCCAGUUCUGUCUGGGCCUAACAUUUCAGCUCGUUUUUAAUUUUCUCUUCAAGCUGCAGGUAUAUAUAUGCGUCACCUUUUUUGGGAAGUCAUUUAUAGCAGAACCAGACGUUGCUGCAGAAGGCUGCCGCGUUUAUGAAGAAACGUGUCGCCUGAUUGGGGAGAAGUUUUCCUCCGAUUUCUCUGCCGCGAACACAUGCGCACAGAUCUGAUGGGAGGGAUUGUAAAAAAAAAAAUAAAAUAAAUAAAAAUCAGCUGUUUUCCAAUCAGGCAAAGCAGCACUAUGCAAGUACUUGCGAUACAUCUUCACUGACCAGUCUACUUUAGCUGUUUGUUCUCUGAUCGUAGCAACUGUGUGGACAGUAUAUCCGGUUUUGUAUCGUAGAUCUUCCAGAAUACCAUCUACUGUAUGUUUGUGAUAUUUGUCUGCCUUUAUUUUGGUACCGACGAGCGGUCUGCUUCCUUAUUGUGUUCCUUAUGUCCAGAGGCGAAAAAAUACUCCAACUCAGUGUUUUUUUUAUGUUUGUUUUUUUUAAUCUGCAAAAUGUGACCCUUGCUGGGUGGAGAUGAACCCCGAUAGGAGACCAGUCAGCGUAAUGGGAGACCUGAAUGACCUAACUGCACUUUGAACUCAUCCACUUGCUCUAUUUUUGAGCUGCUUGCAGACAAGAUGCUUUAGGAAGUAAAACAAAACCUGAAAAAACUUGAGUUUUAUUGCUUCAACACUACCUGGAAUCUUUAAUGUUAUUUUUCAGCGUCCUGAAAUGUCUCAUUUUCUUUAAUUCGUUCAUUUUCUGAAUGUUUUGUCCCUCUGUUGGUGAAACAUCAUUUAAGCCUUACUCGCCCUGAUUGGAUUGGUGUUCAGGUUAGCAUGGCGACUGACUGAUCUCUCUUCCUUGUUUUGUUUUUUUCCUCCUGCUGCUGUGGGUGAUGGUGUACUUCUCGUGUGUGUGUGUGAUAUUGUUUGGAAACCGGAUUAAACCUUCCAGCAAUAUUUAACGUUUGCUCUCCCUCCUCAUCCCUAACAUCACUCAAAAAAAAAAAAAGGCAAUCCAGACAGGCAGAAGCAAUCAAUCUCGUAUGAAUUCUGUGAUGGACCUUUUGAUUGCCAUUUUCUCCCAGAUCUGUGUUGUAUAUUGUAUAUGAUACACACUUUUGGACUCAUAUGUAAAUUUGCAUUAACUGCUGACUAACAGCAGAAGAAUAUUCUAUUUAAUUCCUUCUCUUUUGGCUGUGGGAUCCUAGAUGUUUUACUGCAUGGAUGUACUGUAUCUCUGCAGAGUUAACUAGCAGCUGUGUGAUUUUUACACAAAAAUAAAAAACGGCACAAUAUUUUAAA